AUGGUUGAUGGUACCCAGCCUGUAUGGAUGCAGAUGAUGGCACUGUUUGGUUUGCCGCACAUGCGUGACCUUCUCUUCGGUAGAUACAAGAGAAAACGACGCUUCUGGGCUGCUCUCAGAGAUGGCAAUGUAUGGGAUGAAGAUUUUUUGAGAAAUUAUCCCACAAUGUCCGUGCAAUGGAAUGUCCCCGACUUUGAAGAUCAACAGUAUAUGGAGCAUGUGCGAAUGGGCAAAUCAGAGUUCUGGCAUCUCCAUGAGGAAUUUGGCCGGUAUAUUACAUUCCAGGACAGCAAGUGGAGGUUGUGUGUACCGAGCCACAAACGUCUGGCAAUAACGCUGCAUUGGCUUGCCAACGGCAAUAGCUACUCGCAGCUAGCCCGUCAGCAUGGCAUUGCCAAGUCAACCGCUGUUAAGAUAGUCCAUGAAACUGUGCGUGCACUGAAGAUGCACAUGGUGCCGAAUUCCAUUCGCUUCCCAGAGGGACAAGAGCUGAAGAGAGUGAUGGCAGAAUUCGAGUCCCUAUCAUUCCUGGAAAGGUGUGCAGGAGCUGUGGAUGGAACAUUUGUUAAAAUUCGAAAGCCAAAGGCCAUGUUUGGUGACUGCUACUAUUGUUACAAGAAGUACUGCUCAAUUAUUUUAUUGGGCACUGUAGAUGCGUGCGGGAUGUUCAUCAACGUGAAUGCCGGAAGGCCUGGGUCUGCUGGGGAUGCCAGUGCGUAUGCCACAUCAACAAUGUUACGCAGGAUUUCCCAGCAAAAGUGGCUGACCAUACAAGACAACUUUCGAAUUGAAGGCACGUACAUACGGCCCUACCUUGUGGGAGACUCUAAUGACUCUAAUGAAGUGCUUUGA